GCAUGCAAUUCAUCAUUCCAGGUAGCAAUCUCUUCUUGCUGAAGCUUUUGGAAAUUGUCAGUGGAUGUGACUAUACCAGUGAGAUGCCCAUGGGCAGGACUUCUGCUUCAUUUGGCCCUCCUCUGCCAGGCCUGCCAUGACCGCAUUCUUCACCAGCGUCCCCAACUGGAUUCAAGAUGCAAAGCAGGAGGAGGAGGAGACGGGCUGGAAACUAGUCCCCCGCCCCAAGAGCCGAGAAAACGAGAGCCAAGGCAAAUGCCAGCACGAACCGUCAGAAGCCUCCUUCCCCAGUGUGGAUAAGCUGAGAGCAAACCCAGAGCAGAGACCGUACGGCUGCCCUCAAGUGCACUGUGGCAAGGCCUUUGCUUCCAAGUACAAGCUCUACAGGCAUUUGGCCACCCAUUCUGCCCAGAAGCCCCACCAAUGCAUGUACUGUGAGAAGAUGUUCCACCGCAAGGACCACCUUCGCAACCACCUGCAGACACAUGACCCCAACAAAGAAGCUCUCCACUGCCCAGAGUGCGGCAAGAACUACAACACCAAGCUCGGGUACCGGCGUCAUCUGGCCAUGCACGCUGCCGCCAGUGGCGAUCUCAGCUGCAAAGUGUGCUUGCAGAUGUUUGAGAGCACCCAGGUCCUGCUGGAGCACCUCAAGGCCCACUCCCGGAGGCCGUCGGGCAGCGUGAAGGAGAAGAAGCACCCUUGUGACCACUGCGACCGCCGCUUCUACACUCGCAAAGAUGUGAGGAGGCACCUGGUCGUGCACACGGGCCGGAAGGACUUCCUGUGCCAGUACUGCGCCCAGCGAUUUGGCCGCAAAGACCACCUGACCAGACACAUGAAGAAGAGCCACUCCCAAGAACUGCUGAAGAUCAAGACGGAGCCAGUGGACAUGCUAGGCCUUCUCAGCUGCAGCUCAGCCGUUGCAGUGAAAGAGGAACUGAGCCCCGUCUUGUGCAUGGCAUCCCGGGAUGUGAUGAACAGUAAGAGCUUCCCUGGGAUGCUGCCAAUGGGCAUGUAUGGGGCACAUGUCCCCACCAUGUCCAGCUCAGGAUUGCCCCAUUCUUUAGUCCCCAAUCCUCUGCCAAUGGGAAUGAGCUACCCCCUGGAGUCGUCCUCCCCACCACAACCUCCCCCAAAGUACCAGUUUGGAUCUACCUCAUACUUGCCUGACAAGCUCCCCAAAACAGAGGUGGACAGCUGUUUGGCCGAGCUCCCUGGAGGCCUGUCCCUUGUGCCUGGUGAGCCAUCCUCAUCCUCUCCUCAGCCUAUCACCCUGGAGGAGACUCUGCUCUCCAAGAGCCCCGCUCUGCUUUCUGAGGCUCUCUGUGCUGCUAACAUGGACUUCUCCCAUCUCCUGGGCUUCCUCCCCUUGAACCUCCCAUCAUGCAACCCUCCCGUGUCCUCGGCGGGUCUAGUCAUGGGCUAUUCACAGGCAGAGACCCAGUCACUCCUCACCACUUUGCCACCGCAAGAGACGCCAGGAGCUGCGACCUCCCUUGGCUUUGGAGCACUUCACUCGCUGCCCUCCAUGUUCUCUCCUGGCUUGGGUGCAACCACCUUGCCACGUUUUCACCAAGCGUUCCAGUGAGGCAGCUGGGGAAAGAACGGGACUUUCCUUCGGCGUGUGGAUUGGGUACGGCAAAGGUGCCCAGAUUUGUUCUCCUUCCUACCGUAGGUUGGGAAGGCUUGAGGGGAGGAGUGCCUGCGUGGACUGGAACUGCCAUGCGGACUUUGAUGUGCGCCUCAGUCCCAGACAGUGAGUAGGUUGCAGCAAAUAGAAAUUCAGGUAUUUCCCCAACCUUGUUUGUUUGGUAAAUCAGGCAUCACACUGACCUUCCUUGGGGCUUCCGUCCUCAUUCCACUUUAGGAGGUGAUUGAAUCGGGGGUCUGCCUCACAUUAGGGCACAACAUUUCUUCUGCAUUUCAGCGCCUCAGUCCACGGGGAAGGCUGGAAGAGCCUGUUGUCACCUGCUGCCCCUCCCACAUCACCUCUGCUGAUUGCGCCCACACAGUACUGAGUGUGGGCAGAGUCAACACUUCCUUUCUUCAGAGCCGCUUCAUUAAGACUCAUUCCAACCGAAUCGUGUUUACGCACCCAUAAAAAGUCUUCCCACCCACACCCACCAUUGCAAAUCAGGAAGUGCCAGGAACACCGUCCUUGUUUCUGGCGCAGCUCACACACUGUUUACACAAUGGAAUCGGGUCGCCCUGAUUUCACUUCACUACUUCCAUUUCUUCCCCUGUGGGGAAAGCAAAACUGACUAUGGAUUGCUUUUGCCAAUUUAGCUGACUGCUUUGUAGGUCAUGUUCCCUUAAAUCUCAGCGUGGGUCAGAAGGAUCCUGCAGCCCAAACAGCCCGGCUUGCUUUUCUGUGUUUGUGAGCACUCUUUCGCAAAGCAUACGCAGGGAUGGAGGGGAGUGGACCACGGCCUCACCUGUUAAUGGAAGCUCGUUGCUUGAGGGCUUCUCCAUCACUGAGGUCUGCCACAAUGCCUUGAAAUUGACACUUGGUCCUUGGCUUUGAAGCACAAAGGAGCUUGCUGAGAGGAGCCAACGCUUCAGCCCAGUAGCAACAAGUCCUGAGAAGAAGCUUCCUUCUACCUCUCCCCACUGCUUGUUGGAGGAAGCCAUUGGGCUGUGCUUAGCAGUAGCCACUCCACUCUUGAUAAGCCCUGCCCACAGAGCUUAAUAUUUCAGCCUCUCAGGCGUUGGAGUGGGCUUGCCCAAACCGUUCCUUUGCCCAAAGGAAUAGGGCCACAGUCUUGCUUUCCCAGUGGCUCAGCAAGACUUGUGCCACUUGCCUCUUGAAGGAAGUUUGGUAGCAUUUGUGGGUGGCAACUUUGACCAAGCUGUGUCAUGUUCUCAAUACGCCUUCGUACCCUUGUUCCUGCGCUAUGGCUGUGCUCCCCACAACUUCCUGUGCUCCUUUGUCUCCUUGGGACCUUGCAUUCCUUUGUAAGAGCCCCUGGGCUUUUCUGUCCCCCCUCUCUUGCACAGCCUGUUCCUAGUGUUUCCCCUGUGUUCCAGGAAUGUGUUACCCAGU